ACUGGGUGUCACACAGCGGUGCCACCAUUCGGGUCCCGGAGUGUCACAAGCAAAGGACACAGCAACCCGAGUGCGGCAGAAAGCAAAAAUAACCCCUCCAUGUGCGUCCCGACGAGGAGGAAGAUGAGAUAAAGCCACUCAGAUGGAGGCCAGCUCCACCAGCCUCAAGAGGCUCAAGUUUGGGAAGCUGAAGGUGGUACGUCGGCGCUUGCUACAGAGGUAUGAGCAUCAGCCCUUCAUCUCCUGCCUGGCUGGUUUCUACAGCUGCCGAUGGAAGCGGUACCAGCGCAGAAAGACUGAGCCUGGGAAAUGCUGCUGCAAGACGCGGGAAUGCGUGUUUUUCCCAUUGCUUGUUGGAGCUUUCUGCUUUUCUCUCGUCUUUCUGUACAUGUGGGGUGAAGCGAAAAAUGACUACAAUAACUUUGACUGGUAUAACUAUGGGAACCUGGGAUUCUGGUUUCUCUGGUCUCUCGUUCUGCUGAUCGUAGCUGCAAUUUUGUUCAUGUACAUCACGCUGUUAUUGGUCCUAGCGAUGUGUUUGCUUGCAGAAGGUCAGCAGCUGUACCUACACUGGAGUCACAAGAUUGGGACUUUUCUUGUCCUGGGCUUCUCUAUCACAGCUCUCUUCAUAUUAUCGAUACUCUGGGGAGAUCAAUGGAAAACUGUCCGCCUGUCAUUCCAGAUCACAGCUCCCUAUCUCCACAUUGGGGCAAUAACCAUCAUGGUCCUCCUGUCCUGGCCCGUGGCUCUUCAUGCCAUCAGAGCAGAUAAGAAAGUUGUUCAGGUGAUAAUUGUUGGUCCAUACCUGGCUAUCCUUCUCUUUCUUUUCUUGAUACCUCUGGGGAUGUACUCUCCUUGCAUCAGAGAGACGGGGACACUCGGACCAAAGCCAGCCCUCAUUGGACACCGUGGAGCACCAAUGCUGGCACCAGAAAACACUGAGAUGUCAUUUCAGAAGACAAUUGAACAUGGUGCGGAUGGUCUUGAAACAGAUGUCACCAUUAGCUAUGAUGGGGUUCCUUUCCUCAUGCAUGACAGCACCUUGAGGAGGACAACUAACAUCAAGGAGGUCUACCCCAAUGACACUGCUCAAAAUGCCGCGUUAUUUUCCUGGGAUACUCUGCAGGAGUUGAAUGCUGGAACGUGGUUCCUUAAGGACAAACCAUUUUCAUGCAUGGGCUCACUGUCAAGGGCAGAUCAAAACCAGGCAAUGAAUCAGUCAAUUUACAAGCUAAGUAAUUUCUUGCGCCUCGCAGACAGUCAGAAUAAACUUGUGAUAUUUGAUCUCUACCGCCCUCCAGAGAAACAUCCUUACAGGAACUCAUGGAUCAACAGAACCCUGGAAGUCAUCCUCAAUGAGUCGGGGAUUAGACCCCAUCUGGUCCUAUGGCUGGAGAACGACAUGAGGUCCUUUGUUCAGUCUGUUGCUCCCGGGUUUCAGCAGACAAUGGGCAGUAAGGCCCCAGUUGAAGACCUAUUGAUGGAUAAUAUUGUCAAACUCAAUCUGGCCUACACUGAAAUGUCCAGUGAAGAUAUCCGGACAUAUGCUAAGGUAAACAUCACCACCAACCUCUAUGUGGUCAAUGAGCCAUGGCUUUUCUCCUUGGCGUGGUGCUCUGGGGCACACUCUGUGACCACCAAUGCCGUCCACACGCUGAAGAACCUCAGCCAGCCACUAUUCCUUAUGACUCCGCAGCAGUACAACAUCAUGUGGAUCCUGACAGAUCUGACCUCUGUGCUCCUCAUCUCACUCAUCUUUGCUCUGCACUGGUGGCGAGAGCGGAGUUUCUCCUGCUGUGCCCAUGAUGGUGGCCCGGUGCUGGAGAGCGGCACCUACAACAAGUUCAGGACAGAGCUCAGCGACAUGCCUACCAUCAUGGCCUGACGCAGGCAGGGAUGGGAUGUGGACCUGCCAUCUCAGUGAGGACUGGAGAGCAGAACCUCCCCUGCUGCCCCUUCCUGCAAGGCAAACCCCAGCCUGCCGAGGGGGCCAGCUGGGAGGGCUCAGAUCCACCUGGUGAGGAGGAGCCAUUUGCCUCCAUGACCCUGCCGGAGAUGAGCACCGAGCUUCCUCUCCUACGGUUUUCCUUGCAAUCCCGUGCCUGUCAGGGAUCCCUGGGGUGUAGGGCAGCACAGAUGGAGUUGCAGCCACGAAGCAGCUGUGCACCGUGAUGAGCUGCAGCAACCACAUGGGAGCCACCAUUUCCCUCUGAGACCACUGUCAUCCCACAGGACACAGUGAUCCCUCCUGCCGUGUGUAAGCCCUCUGCUUCCACAGCUGUGUUUUACACAUGCUGCAAACAUCUGAGCAUCCUCCAGUCCUCCUUGUUCUCAGCUGCCCACAUUUCUCCCAUCAGACCAGCCUCUUCUCCACACAGUCCCGCCCUCCUUGCAGGUCUUCUCCAUCCCUGAGAGUGCACCAGCCUCACCAUGAUGGUCAAGUGCUGCUGGCUGGGUCACUAGGGUCCGUACCUUCUUAUAAUACAGGCAGAGGCAUCUUAGGUUUUCCUUCUCCCCACUCUUGCCCCACCAUAGGCCCUAACAGGACAGUCUCUUCCCCUUGGCUGUGGGUAUGGGCAUCUCUUCCCACGUGUGCUGAAGGACUUUCUGGUGCCUUGGCCAUGUAGCUACUGGACCUAUGACUAGUAACGCAACACUUUUCUUCAGAAGGAUUGAGCUGCAUGUGGAUUGGUCCCACUAAGUGUCAUGUUUGCUUUUCCCUUGGAAAGGUCUGUAUAGCUGCUCUGCACCCUGGGAUUUAUUCUGGUUUUAAUUUCUCCCAGUGGCUGCUGGUGUACAGGGAGAAGGGGGUCUAUGCCCUGCUCUGCAAGGGAGAUGUGAACAUCUCCCUGGUUUAAGCCAUAAAUUUCUACUUGAAUGGAUAACAAGAACACAUUUUUUGUAAAUUGCAAGUGAUGUUUUAAAUACAUUUUAGCUCUCCUAUCCUGUUUUGUUCUUAUUUCAGCAAACUGGGAAAGGGGAAGAAAAUAGUAGUCUACCUAAAUCAUGCUAGAGACAUUUUCCUAUACAUGAGCUUCAUGCAGCUCUGUGUUUUUGCUAAAUAAAACCAUCACAAGUGAAUGGCGACAGGGAAGCGUUGGGUUUCAGAAUUAGCUGUGCUGAGAGGCGCUCAAACCUGUUCAAGUUGCAAUUUU